CACUUCCCUUCACCAUCAAGCUUGCUGUCAUCGUUCUGUCCGAUCCGGAUGUAGCUGCCUUGACCCCUAUCUGGGAGUGUCUGUCAAAAAUCUCACACUUGGGAUCUCCAUAGCUGCCAACAUGUCUGACGCUGACUUUGAAGCCGUUCGUCGGCUCCAAGCUGAGCGCAAUGCUGCUGCAGCUGGAAGUAAAGGUUCUAGGACCUUUGAUCCGUCUAGCCAGCGCACUGACAACUCGACCAAGGCCUCCCUGACUGAAUCCUUCGACACGACCCUCUACGAACGCGAAGGCGCCGACAAGUUUGCGGGAUAUGAUACCUCGAUUGCCGUCAAUGGCGACGAUGAGGAGAUGGAGGACGCGGACGCGGGCCACCGCCUGGUGGGCCAGUACACUGCCACCCGGAGCCAGAUCGACGAGUUCGCCCACGGCAACGGGGUGGAAGAGGAGGACAUCCUUCUUGGGCGCGAGAAGGCAGCUAGGAUCGCCGACCGCGAGACAGACUACCAGAAGCGCCGCUUCAACCGCGGCCCGCUGACUCCCACGCGCGCUGAUCCGUUCGCUGCGAACACUCACGCCAAUGUAGAGGGGGAGGGGGAGGAGGGCCAGACUUACCGUGAAGUCAUGGCCAUGCGGGAACUUGAGAAAGAAGAAGAACGUGUCCAGAAGCUGAUCGCAGAAAAGCAGGCCCGUGGAGAGAACGAUGUCACCGAGCACGAGGCUACGCUGAAGUUGGAAGACAAAGAGAACGCCGACGCCGGCUCCACGGUGGCCGUCGCCUCGGGUCGCAAGCGCAAACAGCGGUGGGAUGUAGCUUCGGAGCCGGCUCCUGAGGAGGAAGAGGCUCCCAAGCCCGCUGAAGCCGCCGACACUAAGGCGAAGAGGUCCCGUUGGGAUCAGACGCCCGCCCCGGUUGCCCCCGGCGCUGCCGAGGAUGCCCCCAAGCGUCGCUCCCGAUGGGAUCAAGCACCAGCACUUACAGCCGCGACCCCGGUCGGCAACCAAGGGCUUGCCACCCCCAUGCAUCCCUCCCAAGUAGGUGCACCUUUGAUUCCAACUAGCUUUGGAACUGAUAUCUCUGGGCGCAAUGCUCCCUUGUCGGACGAAGAGCUUGAUAUGAUGUUGCCGUCGGAGGGCUACAAGAUCCUCGACCCUCCUCCAGGAUAUGCCCCGAUCCGGAACCCUGCGAGGAAGCUCAUGGCUACUCCAGCACCCAUGGCCAGCUCCACUGGUGUUGGUGGCUUCAUGAUGCAGGAGCCUGAAAGUGCUCGUGCGCUGGGCAAACAGCUUCCAACUGAGAUUCCCGGCGUCGGAGACCUCCAAUUCUUCAAGCCUGAGGACAUGGCCUACUUUGGCAAACUCAUGGAAGGAGGUGACGAGAGCUCAAUGACAGUCGAGGAGAUGAAGGAACGGAAGAUCAUGCGACUCUUGCUAAAGGUCAAGAACGGCACGCCGCCGAUGAGAAAGACAGCCCUGCGUCAGCUCACGGACAACGCACGGCAAUUCGGCGCGGGGCCUCUGUUCAACCAGAUCCUUCCCCUUCUCAUGGAGAAGUCUCUUGAAGACCAGGAGCGCCAUCUGUUGGUGAAGGUCAUUGACCGUGUUCUCUACAAGUUGGAUGAUCUCGUUCGUCCCUAUGUUCACAAGAUCCUUGUGGUUAUUGAGCCCUUGCUUAUCGACCAAGACUACUACGCCCGUGUUGAGGGUCGAGAAAUCAUUUCGAACUUGGCGAAGGCCGCUGGUCUAGCCACCAUGAUCAGUACCAUGCGACCGGAUAUCGACCACGUCGAUGAAUAUGUCCGGAACACGACUGCCCGAGCCUUCGCGGUUGUCGCUUCUGCUCUUGGAAUUCCUGCUCUUCUCCCAUUCCUUCGUGCUGUAUGCCGGAGUAAGAAGUCGUGGCAGGCUAGACACACAGGUGUCAAGAUUGUUCAACAAAUUCCUAUUCUCAUGGGCUGCGCCAUCCUGCCUCACCUCAAGGGACUGGUAGACUGUAUCGCGGACAACCUUAGUGAUGAGCAAGCUAAGGUGCGAACGGUCACUGCGCUGGCCGUCGCGGCUUUGGCUGAAGCUGCCAACCCUUAUGGUAUCGAGAGCUUCGAUGAGAUUCUCAACCCUCUGUGGACCGGCGCCCGGAAGCAGCGUGGUAAAGGUCUGGCUGCGUUCCUCAAAGCUGUCGGCUACAUCAUUCCCCUCAUGGACGAAGAAUAUGCCAACUACUAUACCAGCCAGAUCAUGGAGAUUCUGCUCCGCGAGUUCGGAUCCCCAGAUGAAGAGAUGAAGAAGGUCGUUCUGAAGGUGGUGUCACAGUGUGCUAGCACGGAUGGUGUGACAGCCAGUUACCUCAAAGAGCAUGUUCUCACAGACUUUUUCAAAAGUUUCUGGGUGAGGCGUAUGGCUUUGGAUAGGAGGAAUUAUCGUCAGGUGGUGGACACGACGGUGGACCUUGGACAGAAGGUGGGAGUGGGUGAGAUCCUCGAGCGCGUCGUAAACAAUCUCAAGGAUGAGAGUGAACCCUAUCGGAAGAUGACUGUGGAGACCGUGGAGAAGCUUAUCGCAGCCCUCGGCGCCGCGGAUAUCUCCGAGAGACUGGAGGAAAGACUGAUUGAUGGUGUCCUGUAUGCUUUCCAGGAGCAAAGCAUUGAGGAUAUUGUCAUCCUGAACGGCUUCGGUACGGUGGUCAACGCCCUUGGCACUCGUUGCAAGCCUUAUCUUCCCCAGAUUGUCAGUACCAUUCUCUGGCGGUUGAACAACAAGUCGGCCACGGUUCGGCAGCAGGCUGCGGACCUCAUCUCCCGCAUUGCCAUGGUUAUGAAGCAGUGUGGUGAGGACGCGUUGAUGGGCAAGCUUGGUAUUGUGCUUUACGAGUACUUGGGUGAGGAGUAUCCCGAAGUGCUCGGUUCCAUCCUGGGAGCCCUCCGAUCUAUCGUCACCGUGGUUGGUAUCAAUCAGAUGCAACCGCCGAUCAGAGACCUGCUCCCUCGCCUCACGCCUAUCCUGCGUAACCGUCACGAAAAGGUCCAGGAGAACACCAUCGAUCUGGUUGGUCGUAUCGCCGACCGUGGCCCCGAAUCCGUCAACGCCAGGGAGUGGAUGCGUAUCUGUUUUGAGCUCCUGGACAUGUUGAAGGCCCACAAGAAGGGCAUCCGUCGUGCCGCCAACAACACGUUCGGUUUCAUCGCCAAGGCCAUUGGUCCCCAGGAUGUGCUGGCCACGCUGCUCAACAACCUGCGUGUCCAGGAACGUCAAUCACGUGUCUGUACCGCUGUUGCCAUCGGUAUCGUGGCCGAAACCUGCGCGCCGUUCACCGUGCUCCCCGCCCUGAUGAACGAGUACCGGGUGCCCGAGCUGAACGUGCAGAACGGUGUCCUCAAGGCUAUGUCCUUCCUGUUCGAAUACAUCGGCGAGAUGGCCAAGGACUACGUCUACGCAGUCACGCCGCUCCUCGAGGACGCCCUGAUCGACCGCGACCAGGUGCACCGUCAGACGGCCGCCAGCGUGGUGAAGCACAUCGCGCUGGGCGUCGUGGGUCUCGGAUGCGAAGACGCCAUGGUCCACCUCCUGAACCUGGUCUUCCCCAACAUCUUCGAGACCAGCCCGCACGUCAUCGACCGGGUCAUCGAGGCCAUCGACGCCAUCCGCAUGGCCGUCGGCACGGGAACCGUCAUGAACUACGUCUGGGCCGGCCUGUUCCACCCUGCCCGCAAGGUCCGCGUCCCCUACUGGCGCCUCUACAACGACGCGUAUGUGCAGAGCGCAGAUGCAAUGAUCCCAUACUACCCCAAUCUCGAAGAUGACGGCUUGGAUCGCUCCGAAUUGUCCAUUAUCGUUUGAUUUGAUUCCCCCCCUCCCCGUCAAAUCUCAACCCUUUCUUUUUUUCAUCGUGGUUCAUGUAUGUAAACAAUCUGGUACUAGCUACGUAUUACUGGGCUACUUUUUCAUCAUCAUUUCCAUCAUCUCACUUUCACCUGUCAGCAUCAAUCAUAUCACACUGGGGACCUGUUCACUAUUACGGUGUUUUGCCGAGGCUGGAUUUGGCGUGUUUUAUUUUUCUGUUUUUUAUCGAUUCUUUUAUGUGGGAGAAAUCAGUCCAAUGGCAUUUUUCAACGUUC